UGUGGCGGGAAUCACCUUCAACGGUUGCUAGCUCGACUAGCUUCGCUCCCAUCGGUUUGUGUUGUAACCUGUGAACUUUACUCACAACGUAUUACGAAAACUAGACCACGGAACCGAGGACCGUUUUAUUUCAAGAGUCAAAUAAAAUGACUAUGCGUAAGUCUGUCAAAAGUGUUUAGUUAGUCAAGAACUAACGUCGGCUGACUAAUUUCCCGCAACCGCAAGCUAACAUAAACUAAGAGCUAACGUUAGCUCGGGAGUAUUAGCUGCCAGUAGCAGAAUCGAUUGGAGCUAGCAUAGGUAACCGUUAGCAUCGCGCUCACUUAGCUAACCGUAAUAUUGACGAGAAUGGCAACAGGGAGGAGACCGCUAAAGAAAAAACACAUGGAAGAGAAAUUAGAUAAGAAGGUGUUUGAUUUUAUUACCGAGGAUGAAAAGAAAGAGCUGAGCUGCUCAGAGGAGGAUGUUGGAGAAGACGAAACUUCCACCGUAGAGAAGUCGAAGAAGAGACCCGCGGACUUCGAAGAGGAGCAGACGACGAGUGUUGUCGGGAAUGAGGUUCAUUCCAUGUUGGAGAAAUUCGGAGGUAAGCAGCUGUGUGCAGCUGACAUCAGCAAGGUGAUGCAGGCCAAGAAGAAACGUCUUGAGAGUCUGACCAAGAACUACAUGAAGGGAAGCCAACACAAGCUGGAGCAGCUGUGGAACACCCACCAUGGCCAGAGGCAGAAGAUGACUCAGCAGUAUUCCCAGCAGGUCGCCUCAGCUCUGCAGCAGUGGGAGACUGAAGCUCAGCGAGCUGAGGAGCAGGAGGAGAAGCUCAACAGCCUCUUCAGACAGCAGCAGAAAAUCCUGCAGCAGGCCCGAGUGGUUCAGAACCAGAAGCUGAAGACCGUCAGAGAGCUCUACGAUCAGUUUGUGAAGAACAUGGAGGACAUGGAGAAGAGCCACGACUCCUUCCUGCAGGGGGCGCAGCAGGAGCUGAGAAAGGAGAUGGCCACGCUGCAGAAGAAGAUCCUCAUGGACACGCAACAGCAGGAGAUGGCUACGGUCCGUAAAUCGCUGCAGUCCAUGCUGUUCUAGCCGGCUAUUACCACGGCGACGUGGCUGCCAUCUGUUCCUGCGAUGCAUUGUGGGUUGUUGUUGCCAUGGUUAUUGAGGCAGCAAUCCAAGGACGGUGAUGUUUCUGUCCUCUGAUCCGUUACAGUUUGUGAUGUUGAUACGAUAUUCUGGUUUUAUAUGAAUAUUGAUUGUUUAUAUUGUAUAUUGAUUGUUUAUAGAGUUUUAAUUUGAUGGUUCAUCUUUUCAUACAUAUAUAUAUUCAUUAUAUGUAUUAAUUUGGGAGAAGAUUACAGAGACAAAGAUUUGAUGAUCUUGAGUUGUACCCUGUAAAAUAAAAUAUUAUGCGUUGCAUUACAGGACAAAAUAAAACAUUUUUAUAUCUUAA